AUGAAAAUCUUCAACUUUUUGACUCUUGGAGCUUUUGCCAGUGAACUCGCCACUCCACACAGAAAUCGACGAGAAGUUUCUCAGUCCUUCACCGGAGAAGAAGAUUUGGAUGUUUACAACGAAUUUUUGGCUGGUCUUGCCGGCGGAGAAGUUGACGACCUCGAGCAGCUGAUCAUGGAUCUCAUGGCUCAAGGAGGCAGCGAAAACGAACGAUUCAUCCAGGAACCGACCGAGCUUGAAGUCCGAAAAUUCCGACAACUCAAGAUCAUCGUCCUUUGGCUCCAAGCUGAGCAGAAGUUUGGUCGAUACUGCUACUACGGAUGCUAUUGCCUUCCAGAGGGUUCGCACAACAUCGCAUCCGGCGGCUACGGUCGACCAGUCGACAACAUCGAUCAAUCCUGCUUCGACUUCAAGCAGUGCUACAGAUGCCUCGUCGAAGAAUACGACGGCGAGCGAGAGUGCAAAGGCGAAGAAGUCGGCUACCGAUUCGAUCUUCUCACCAACGACGAUGGCAGCAAAGAUGUCGUCUGCACCAACACUCCCGGCAGCUGUCGAUACAACAUUUGCCAGUGCGAUCUUCAGCUCGCCAGGGAUUGGCCAAAUACGAAUCUGAGUGGGAUGUUUCUUACCACUCUGCCAAGGGCGGUUUCGUCCGAGAAGACUACUGCCGAAAAGGAGCUCCAGCCGGAAACCCCAUCGAAGAAUGCUGUGGAGACAAGACCACUUUCCCACUGA